GGUCAAAGUUAAAACGCUUACCAUAUGCACGAUGUGAAGAACGAAAGCGUGCACACUGAUGUGGCCAAGUUGAUUCAAUUCGUUAUCAUUUCUGUUAUUUAGUUGUGUUUGUGUUAACGUCGGGAAUAUGUCUCCAAAGAAGAAGCAUGGGUCAAGUCAUCAAUUGACCCAUUUGAUCUACCGACAUUUGAAGGAAAACGGCUUCCAGAAAGCUGCAGAAGAACUCAGAAAGCAUGUGAAGGGCAGAGAACCAGAAGCCUUUUCAACUUCACUACUGGACAUCUACAAUAAAUGGUUUGGAGAUGCUUCCAAGAGUACAAAGACGGGAACAGAACCGGAUUCUUCUGAGUUAAAAAAUAACCGCCAAGCAGACCCUGAAAGUAGCACAGAGAGCUCGAGUUCAGCAACGGAAGAAGCAACACCUGUUCAAGCCUCCCAGACCCCAAAGCCUCAGGGCUCAGCUAAGGCCAGCCCAACUAAGGCCAAGACUGCAGUGCAGACGACUCUUGGAGGGAAGGGGACAGACAGCUCAGAGGACUCUGAGAGUGAGGAGCCACCGCCACAAACAAGCCCUGCAACGCCCAAAGCCUAUCAUGUUCCAGCUGCAAAAAUCAAGGCCCAGUCAGAGGUCACGCCAUCGACCCUAACCAAGGCCAAGUUAACCACUUCCACGCCUAAAUCUGGGGCCUCCAGCAAUACCACUGAUACGUCUUCAGACAGGAAAGAGGCAACAACAGUGAAAACACCAGUGACGCCAACCAGUAAACCAACAGCCAAGACGAAAGCUAUUCCAACUAGAGCAGUGAUUGUUGCUACUCCAAGCAAGGCCAAGGCAACAACUGCCACACCUACAUCUACAGCAUCCGACUCAUCCAGUUGCAGUAGUGAGUCGUCAGAUAGCGAUGAGGAGAGUCCAGCGGUGAAAACACCCACAACGCCAAAAGCAACACCUGCAAAACCAGUAACGCCAAUUAGUAGAACAUCAUCAACGGCCAAGCCAACAACCAAAUCGAAGACUACAGCGCCAGAGACUUCCAGUGACACCUGUGAUUCAUCGUCAGAAAGUGAAGAGGAAGGUCCAACAGCGAAAACACAGACAGCGCCAGUGAAGCAACAGACAGCAACACCAACAGCCAAGAUGAAAGCCACCCCAGUUAAACCAGUGGUUGCUGCUACCCCAAACAAGACCUCAGCUAGUAAGGAGUCCAGUGACAGCAUUGAUUCAUCAUCAGACAGCGAAGAGGACAGUCCAGCAACGGAAACAGCCACAACACCGGCGAAACCCGCUAAAAAUGCUACCCCGGCUAGAGCUGCGUCUGUUGCCGCUGUCACAGCCAAGACUACAACAACAGAGUCAUCUAGUGACAGCAGUGGAUCGUCAGACAGUGAAGAGCAAAGUCCCGCGGUGACAACAGCUGCAAUGCCGAAAGCUACAACGGGGAAGCAAACAAAAGCAACAUCAACAGCCAGGACGAAAGCCCCUCCGAGUACCCCACUUAAACCAGUGGUUGCUGCCACUCUAAGCAAAACCCCAGCUAGUAAGGAGUCCAGUGACAGCAUUGAUUCGUCAUCAGACAGUGAAGAAGAGGGUCCGGCACCGAAAACAGCCAUGACACCAGCCCCUCCUGCUAAAGCGGCGACUGUUGCCACUCCAAGCAAGCCUAAGGCAACAGCCACUCUCACAGCCAAGACUACAAAACCAGAGUCAUCUAGUGACAGCAGUGAUUCAUCAGACAGCAACGAGGAGAGUCCAGCAACAACAACAGCUGCCACGCCGAAAGCUACACCAGUGGCGCAUCAGAAAACAACAUCAACAGUCAAGACGAAAGCCCCUCCGAGAACUCGAGUUAAACCAGUGGUUGCUGCCACUCCAAGCAAGACCCCAGCUAGUAAGGAGUCCAGUGACAGCAUUGAUUCAUCAUCAGACAGUGAAGAAGAGGGUCCGGCACCGAAAACAGCCAUGACACCAGCCCCUCCUGCUAAAGCGGCGACUGUUGCCACUCCAAGCAAGCCUAAGGCAACAGCCACUCUCACAGCCAAGACUACAAAACCAGAGUCAUCUAGUGACAGCAGUGAUUCAUCAGACAGCAACGAGGAGAGUCCAGCAACAACAACAGCUGCCACGCCGAAAGCUACACCAGUGGCGCAUCAGAAAACAACAUCAACAGUCAAGACGAAAGCCCCUCCGAGAACUCGAGUUAAACCAGUGGUUGCUGCCACUCCAAGCAAGACCCCAGCUAGUAAGGAGUCCAGUGACAGCAUUGAUUCAUCAUCAGACAGCGAAGAGGACAGUCCAGCAACGGGAACAGCCACAACACCGGCGAAACCCGCUAAAAAUGCUACCCCGGCUAGAGCUGCGUCUGUUGCCGCUGUCACAGCCAAGACUACAACAGCAGAGUCAUCUAGUGACAGCAGUGGAUCGUCAGACAGUGAAGAGCAAAGUCCCGCGGUGACAACAGCUGCAAUGCCGAAAGCUACAACGGGGAAGCAAACAAAAGCAACAUCAACAGCCAGGACGAAAGCCCCUCCGAGUACCCCACUUAAACCAGUGGUUGCUGCCACUCUAAGCAAAACCCCAGCUAGUAAGGAGUCCAGUGACAGCAUUGAUUCAUCAUCAGACAGUGAAGAAGAGGGUCCGGCACCGACAACAGCUGCCACGCCGAAAGCUACACCAGUGGCGCAUCAGAAAACAACAUCAACAGUCAAGACGAAAGCCCCUCCGAGAACUCGAGUUAAACCAGUGGUUGCUGCCACUCCAAGCAAGACCCCAGCUAGUAAGGAGUCCAGUGACAGCAUUGAUUCAUCAUCAGACAGCGAAGAGGACAGUCCAGCAACGACGACAACCUCAAAACCACAAACGACACCAGUGACACAAGCCAAACUGAAAGCAAUGUCAAAAGGCAAGACGAAAGCCACUCCAGCUAAGCCAGUGGUUGCUGCUACCCCAAGCGAGGCCCAGGCAACAUCCACUGUCACACCUACAAGGACAGCGCCAGAGUCGUCCAAUGACAGCAGUGACUCACCAUCAGACGUCCCAGAUGAAGCCCCAGCAAAGCAUGCUGAGGUUCAACUUAAAACCCCUGCUUCGGCUAAGAAGACCCAGAGUGGGAGAAAGGGAAAUAGACCUGCUUCUAAGGACCUACUCCUACUGCUGAGCAAUCUUACUUCACCCGCAGCUAAAGCCAUUGAGAAGAAGAGCGGCCGUAGUGGAGACUCCUCAGUUGAGGAAACUCCAGCUGUUACAGCAACACCUGCUGUUGCUCCAGCCACAAAUAAAGGAAAGAGGGUGGCUGCAAAAGACAAGAAAGCAACCUCGUCGAAAAAAGCACAAGCCUCAGCUCCAUCAGCCAAGAGGAAAAGAGGUGAAGACAAACCAGGGGACACGUCCGUUAGGGGCAAAAAGAAGAAGACCUCCCCUGAGACUCUCAUGGCUGCCCUGCCUCUGACCGUUCUUGGUCCUCCUCCUACAGGGGGAGACGACUCUGGCUCGGACACAGAUCUGGAUGUGGAGAAGUGUAAGAGACUGGCACUGGAACUAUCAGACACAAACAUCGCCAAAAUGGACGCCAUCACUCCACCUGCUCUCACCUCACCAGCCGCAGCAGCGAAGAAAACAAGAGCACCGAAGAAGCCCAGGGCUAACGCUGCAUCGAAGACACCUAAACUCAAGGCUGGCGCUGCAGUGGAAAAGUCUAGUGCUGCUGAAAAGGUCAAGACUACAGCUGAAAAGGGAGAUGGGAAUGGGAAGACCAAGACAACUGCAAAAGCUAGUAAAACCAAGUCCAGUCAGGCUAAGAAGGCAGCCCCUCCCACCCCAUCAGUUAAAACAUCUCCCACCCCAUCCCCUGAAGGCCAAGCAGAGAUCAACAAUAAUACUGCCGACCUUACGACCGUGGCAGACAAACAGCCACCCACCAUGCCUGCUACCCCAACGCCUAAUGGAAAACCGUCAGCCAAGAGGAUGAGGAAUAGGCAAAAUAAGAACAAUAAUAUUAAAGCAGAUGACAAUUCACCACAACCCCAAAAGAAGAAAAGGGAAACUGGCGAAGAGAAGACUGAUGAAAAGAAAAAUGAGACUGUAGAAGAGAAGGAAAAGAAGGAGAAUGGUGCAAAAAAGGAGAAGGGAACGAAGAAGAAACAGGAGGAGAUAAGAAAGGAGAAUGAGAUUAGGAUGGAACUGGAAAAGGAUAAGAAGAAGCAGAAAACGAAUGAGAACUCUGUUGACAAGGAACCACCACCUCCAUCCACCACAGUAACACCUGAUCCUCCAACAGAGAAGAAAAAGAUGAAAAAGCUGAAACUCUCAGAGACUGCAGUGCCUGAGAUGCCAGUCACACCUGCCCAAGACUCCAUCCCUGUACAGCACCCUCCAGCACCCACAGAAUCCCCACCUAAAAAGAAAAAGAAAUCAUCUAAGAGUAAGUAAGGCCUUUAGAGAUGAAGACUAUCUUAAAGGGGCCUCUCAAGUGUAUGUGGACCUGGACGCAUUCUACCUAAAUGGCAGUGGAGCAAUAACGGGUAAAGACUGUCUGUCCACACAAUGGUCUCCCUAGACUAGAUCAACUGGGGAUUUGUUCUAUUUUUUUUACAUUGUAUACUGUAACAAAUUAACUCUUUUCCUGUUUUGCUAAAGUGGAAAGUGUUUUUUUGCCUAUUUUUUUAACUGUAAGUGCAUGUCCUGUACAGGUUCUAACUGUUUUCCUAUUUGAAGAUGGCAUACUAUGUGAUGUGCUGCAGCUGUUUUUAUGUUACUGUACAUUUUAAUUAAGGUGUUUUCUUGCAUGUUCUUGUGACAGGGAAAACAAUGAUUUAUUGGAAUGUUACGUUUAUGACAGCGUCUGCUGCUUUGCCUCACAUGGUGGAUAAGGCCGAUCCUAAGUGGAGGGAAAGAUCAGAGGAACCUCAGAGCCAUUGUUUAACCCUUACACCCUAGUAAUGAAUGCAUAAUAGGAAAAUGAGAAAUACUACUAGGAUUUUUUUUUUUUUUUUAAGUUUCAUGGUCAAAUGUAUUUACUGUAUCUUUUUCACAAAUUGAAGUCAUUUUUCCACA